CUCUUCUCUCUCAUAUCUCCUCUCGGUUUAUUUUUAAUUUUAUGCAUGCUGUGGUUGUUUUGGUUGACUGAGGAGCAGCUCUGAUUUCUGUAAGGACAGAGCUUUACGGAUGUAUUAAAACGCGAUUUUAUUUUAUUUUUUGCAAUAAUACUCUACAAACCUGUGCGUAAGUGUAUCCAUAUUAUCGUUAUUACUUCUAUCAACACGGAUGUGCAGCUUAACGGAGAGGAUAUGUACCAGGGCAUAAUGACCACCAACCACGGACCCCCCUCCUAUGAGGCCGGAUUUCUCCACAACGCAUCGACGGGCACCUCGCCGGUUUAUGUGCCAACUACCCGGGUCGUCACCCCCAUGAUCCCGGCUCUGCCUUACCUCCAGGCGCCCGGUGCGUCGCAACAGAGCAGCCCCGUGUCAAGCCACUCUGCUUGGACACAGCCGGGCGCCGAGUCGGUGCCCUCGUACAACCACUCCCCGGUGUCUCCGCGCUUCACCUUCUCCACUAGCCCGCCUCUGUCCUCCGGGGUGGCCGCGGCCAGGGAGACGGCAGCCUCUUACACCAGCCCGCUAACCAUCUCUGCAAACGGGAGGGAGCACUACGGCGCCCGGAGCCUCAGCGGGUCUUACCAUAGCCCUUACCCGGCUUACAUGAGCCCGAACGUGGGCGGAACAUGGCCGGCAUCUCCUUUCGAAAACCCGGUCCUGCACGGUCUCCAAACUGGCGUUCCCCCGGGGACAACACGGCACCCAAAUAUUGACCUUUUUGAUGACUUUGCUGAGGGGCGAGAAUGUGUGAACUGUGGGGCAAUGUCGACCCCUCUUUGGAGGCGGGAUGGUACGGGCCACUACUUGUGUAAUGCCUGCGGACUGUACCACAAGAUGAAUGGCAUCAACAGACCUCUUAUCAAACCCCAAAGACGACUGUCUGCUUCGAGGAGGGUGGGCCUGUCCUGCACCAACUGUCACACCACCACCACCACCCUGUGGCGACGAAAUGCAGAGGGGGAGCCAGUCUGUAACGCUUGUGGCCUUUACAUGAAACUUCAUGGGGUCCCACGACCCCUGGCUAUGAAGAAAGAGGGGAUCCAGACCCGCAAACGCAAACCAAAGAACCUCAACAAGUCCCAAACUGGGACUCCCGGCAUUGAGGGGACUCCAGUAACACCAAGCAGCACUCCCCGCGCCCCGACCACCACAGACGAGCCUCGCCAGAUAAAGACAGAGCCGGAGACUCACAGCUUGUAUACACACCACAACACGCAAACACAGAUCUCAGCCCUGCCAGCUUACAUGGCAGUUCAAGGAGGGGCCAUUCCUCUCAAGAUGUCCCCUGGGGGCCACAUUGGAUCUUCUAGCUCAAAAGCUGAACCCUGGAACAACUUAAUCCUGGCUUAGAAGACCUGCAGACCCAGCAUCUAAAACCGUAUAUUGUGUAUAUUGUGUAAGCUCUCCUGAGUGGCUCCUACAGUGCCUUCAGUGCAAUGCUCCGGGACGGAAAUGUGGAUGCCACAACAGAAAUGUGGAUCUUUAACAGCUCUGAGAUACUGCGUGCAGAAUCAGAGCAAGGGAGGAGGACUGAAUGGAGAAUCUUUAAAGAGCAGCACUGUGAUAAUAUCCAUCCGCCCAAGUAUAUGAAAAACAGGUAAAAAAGGGAACUUAUUUGUCACUCUCACCUGUUCUAUCGUGUCAGUGCAGGAUCGUUAAGUGCUUUCAACAUAAAACAGUGUCAAAUAACAGGAAAGGCCAGACUUUAUUUCCUUGAGUGAAUUUAUAUUUCAAUAUAUUUGUUCUUCAUUUUAAGAAUUUGCAUAUCAUUAUUUACAAAUUACCAAAGGAGAAAAGGGACAGACGUAACAUGUAAAAAAAAUACAGAAACCCUUAUGUCAAAGGUAGAACCAUAGCAGUUUUGGAGCAAGUCUACUUAAAGGGUCAGUUCACCCAAACCUUCUCUCUCUCUCUCUCUCUUCUCUCUCUCUCUCUCUCUCUCUCUCUCUCUCUCUCUCUCUCUCUCUCUCUCUCUCUCUCUCUCUCUCUCUCUCUCUCUCUCUCUCACACUGACACACACACACACACACACACACACACACACACACACACACACACACACACACACACACACACACACACACACACACACACACACACACACACACACACACACACACACACACAAACAAACAAACCGUGUUUGUAUUUCAGUUAUUUGAGGAUCACAAAUUUCCAUUCAUCUCAGUUGAAAUGGAUGAUGCAGCAGAAAUCAAUGCAGCAGAUAUAUGUUGAGAUAUGAUUGGAGGAAAAUAAGAUUUUUCCUUUUAAUUUUGGGUGAACUGACCCUAUAAGUAUGCAACAUUUGUUGGCAAUCACUGACUAUGGUCAGGUAUUGCCAUUUGUUUUGAUACCCAUUAGUUUUAAAGUACAAGUACAUCUAACUCUACAAAGACAAACUUACUCAAGACAUCCAUCACUCCUAAACUUUGUUUCCACGGCCUCCAGUAAAAAUCAAUAACCCCAUCUCAGUGCAUAGCAACCACUCCCUGGUGGCCUGUUGUUUCCGGUACAGUUUUCACUGUGUGUGUGUGUGCGUCUUUGUCCUUUGAUUUAAAGUAUAAGAAACAAAUGUCAGCACUGACAUAUAUUUGACACAAAAAAUACAUGAUUAACUACCUAUGCAGCAAAAGUUUCAUGAUGUGGAUGAACUGGCACACAGCUCCCUCUGCUGUCACAAGUGUAGACUUGCAUCCACAAGAAGGGUUGACUUCCUCUGGCAUCUUCAACAAUCUUGCAAGUAUUUAUUAUUAGAGGCACAACCCCAAACAACAUGAUUAUCUGAAUAUCAUCUAUGAGCUGAAAGUUCUUUGAUAAACAGUAUGAAAGAGUUCUGUAUGAUGACUGUACAGUAUUUUAGCUAUACUUAAUGCUUUAAUUUGCUUGUUAAAAGCAUGGGCGCAGCAUGUGUAAAAUUGGGAUACCUUCACAUGUAAUUAUCACCAUAACAAAUAUAUGAACAUAUAUGUAAAAAAAAAACAACCUCCACUCCAGUAUAAUUGUGUAAUACACCAUUUGUGAUAUAUUGUAAGUAAACACAGAGGACACAGCGAGAGGUGGAUGUAUGUUUGUAGACUUUCUCUGUGAAGCCUGUGUAGCUCUACUGAGCAAACCAAUAAAGACGAAGCAUUGUGACAUAAUGCAAAUAUG